GUUUAAACUGUACACCUUAUUUUGCUAACAGGUGAAUAGCUAUGGCUGAGAGACAAGACAAUGAACAAGAGUACAUAUUCAGAAAUGUGCAACUCUUCAAGAAUGAUACCCUUGGUACUGGCUCCUAUGGGGCGGUGUGCAAAGCCAAGUGUGACCAGCUACUCUGUGCUGCCAAGCUACUCUAUCCAGUGUUCUUCCAAAUAGCCGUUCCAGAUCCUGGCAAAGAACAUAGACGUCUAUUUAUAAGAUUCGAAACAGAGUGUGCAUUUCUGAGUCAUAUUAACCACCCCAACAUUGUACAGUACUUGGGGACCUAUCGCGAUCCCGACACAAAUGCACCAGUUCUUCUCAUGGAGCUCAUGGACAAGAGUCUGACACACUUCCUGGAAUCAUCACCUGGAGAUAUUCCCUAUCACAUCCAAGUCAACCUCUCCUAUGACAUAGCUCAAGCACUUGCCUUCCUCCACUCCAACGAGAUCAUCCAUCGCGACCUCUCCAGCAACAAUGUCCUACUCAUUGCAGGCACUCGAGCCAAAGUCACCGAUUUCGGAAUGUCCAAAUUGAGGGACAUAAACGUCACCCGACUAGCCACAAUGACUACAUGCCCGGGAACACCAGCCUUAAUGUCUCCUGAGGCACUAAACGAACCACCAGUGUACACAGAGAAACUAGACAACUUCUCAUUUGGUGUGCUUCUAGUUCAGACCAUAACACGGCAGUUUCCAAAUCCAACCGAUCCAUUUAAAUCAAGAGAACUGGUUGAUCCACAAUUUCCAAAUCAAGCAAUUCAAGCUAACGUUCCAGUGCCCGAGAUAGAGAGAAAACAAGCCCACAUCAGCUUGAUUGAGCCCACCCACCCUCUACUGCCGAUUGCUCGUCACUGCCUCAAAGACAGAGAUGUUGAACGACCAUCUUCCCGACAGCUGUGCCAAACACUGGAAGCUCUCAAAAAGACGGCCAGGUACCAGGAAAGCUCCCAACAAGGCUUGCACCAGAUUAUCAGGGAGAAAGAUCAACAGUUACAAGCAAAUCAAUAG